AUGGUCUUCUCCCUGGAGCAGGUGGCGUGCGUGUGCGAGGCGCUGCAGCAGGCCAAGAAUCUGGACCGCCUGGCCCGCUUCCUCUGGUCCCUGCCUCCGGGAGACCUGCUGCACGCCAACGAGGCCGUGCUCAGGGCACAGGCCGCCGUCGCCUUCCACAGGGGAAACUACAAGGAACUGUACACCAUCCUGGAGGGCCACAAUUUCAACCCCCGCUACCACAACGAGCUGCAGCAGAUGUGGUACAAGGCCCACUACCGGGAAGCGGAGAAGAUACGUGGCAGGCAGCUCGGGGCCGUCGACAAGUACCGCCUCAGACGCAAGUACCCGCUCCCCAAGACCAUCUGGGACGGCGAGGACACGGUGUACUGCUUCAAGGAGAAGUCCCGGGUGGCCCUGAAGGAGUGCUACAAGCACAACCGGUACCCGACACCCGACGAGAAGCGCACCCUGGUGAACAAGACCGGCCUCACCUUCACGCAAGUCAGCAACUGGUUCAAAAACCGCCGCCAGAGGGACCGCACGCCGCACCACCGAACGUGA